AUGCUUAGAGCUCAGGCCAGCCCCACCACUCUCCGGCGGCCGGAGGCCUUCCCCGCCGCCGUGAAACAGCACAGGGCCUCCAGCCUGCCCGGGCUCCGGCCCGGGAGGCGGGCGGCAAUAAGGGCUGUGAUCAGCAGUGGAGAUAGCAAAGCAGGAGUGGAAACAGCAGAGAAGGCUGUGGAGAGUAGUAGUGGAGCUUUGGAGACUUUUUCAACAAGUGGAGGUGUGAGUGUGAGAGCAGUGAUCAGAAUAAGGAAGAAGAUGAAGGAGAAGUUGCUUGACAAGAUUGAGGAUCAGUGGGAUUCUUUCCUCAAUGGGAUUGGGAGAGGGAUCUCACUUCAGCUCAUCAGCCAAGAACCUCAUCUUGGCAAGAGUGGUGAGACUUUUGUGAGGGGGUGGUUGCCAAGAUUAUCAGACAAUCCUUAUGUGGUGGAGUAUGGAGCUGACAUGGUGGUGUCAAAGGAUUUUGGGCAGCCAGGAGCUGUAGUUGUGACCAAUUUCCACGAGAAAGAGGUGUUCUUGAUGGAGAUUGUGGUUCAUGGCUUCAAAGAAGGACCCUUAUUCUUCACGGCUGAUACAUGGAUUCAUUCCAGGAAAGACAAUCCUGAAAGCAGAAUAAUAUUCAAGAAUCAGGCUUACCUGCCGUCUGAGACCCCAGCUGGGAUCAAGAGUCUCCGGCAGCAGGACCUGUUGAGCGUUCGUGGCGAUGGGAAAGGAGAGAGGAAGCUGCACGAGAGGAUAUACGAUUAUGAUGUCUACAAUGAUUUAGGUAAUCCUGAUAAGGGCGAGGAGCUAGCCAGGCCGGUUGUGGGCGGUGAAGACAGGCCUUAUCCUAGGCGUUGUCGGACUGGUAGACGUCCCACUUUGACAGAUCCCGAUGCGGAGAGUAGAAUCGAGAAGCCUGAUCCCGUGUAUGUUCCUCGUGAUGAGACGUUCGAGGAGGUUAAACAGAACACCUUCUCAGCUGGAAGGCUCAAGGCUGUGCUCCACAACCUGAUACCAUUGAUCGUUUCCACAUUGGCUAGUUCGGACGUCCCGUUCACAAACUUCUCCGACAUAGAUAAUCUUUAUGGUGAUAUUCUUCUGCAACAUGAGCCAAAGGAAGCUAAAAAGAAUCAGCUCCUUGCCAAUCUCAUGAACCAAGUAUUGAAUGUUGGUGAUAAGUUGCUCAAAUACGAAAUACCAGCCAUUAUUAGGCGUGACAGGUUUUCAUGGCUAAGGGAUAACGAGUUUGCACGUCAGACUUUGGCCGGGGUAAAUCCUGUUAACAUCGAGCUACUAAAGGAGCUUCCCGUUACAAGCAAACUAGAUCCUGCAAUAUAUGGCCCUCCAGAAUCUGCAAUCACAAGGGAAAUAAUAGCCAGAGAGCUUAACGGACUCAGCGUUGAAGAGGCUAUAGAAAACAAGAAGCUGUUUAUAAUUGACUAUCAUGACUUGCUCUUACCGUUCAUUGAGAAGAUGAAUGAGUUGCCUGAUAGAAAAGCUUACGCUUCCAGAACUGUCUACUAUUUUGAUGAUGGCAUUCUUAGGCCGAUUGUUAUCGAGCUAUCACUUCCUCCAACUCCUUCAUCUCCAAGGAACAAGAAAAUUUAUACCCAUGGGCACGGUGCUACCUCUAGCUGGAUCUGGAAGCUGGCUAAAGCUCAUGUUUGCUCCAAUGAUGCAGGCGUUCACCAACUCAUGAACCACUGGUUGAAGACUCAUGCCUGCACGGAACCUUAUAUAAUUGCCACUCAUAGGCAGCUAAGCUCAAUGCAUCCAAUCUACAAACUACUACACCCCCACAUGCGGUACACCAUGGAAAUCAAUGCCCUUGCAAGGCAAAGUUUGAUAAACGGUGGUGGAGUCAUAGAGGCUUGUUUCAGCCCCGGAAAGUAUGCCAUGGAGAUAAGCUCUGCUGCCUAUGAGAAAUUGUGGCGGUUUGACAUGGAAGCAUUACCUGCAGAUUUACUUCACAGGGGAAUGGCUGUUGAGGAUCCCACGGUGCCCGGUGGUGUCAAACUUGUAAUAGAAGAUUAUCCUUAUGCUGCAGACGCGCUUCUCAUAUGGGCUGCCAUACAGGAAUUGGUAGAAUCUUACGUUGAGCAUUAUUAUUCGGAACCCAAUUCCAUCUCAUCUGAUGUGGAGCUUCAGGCCUGGUGGAACGAGAUAAAGAACGUGGGACAUUAUGACAAGAGAAACGAAACGUGGUGGCCAAACCUCAAUACACAAGAUGACUUAUCGAGCAUACUUACAACCAUGAUUUGGAUUGCUUCUGGUCAGCAUGCUGCUAUCAACUUCGGACAGUAUCCGUUUGGGGGAUAUCCACCUAACCGUCCGACUCUCAUGAGGAAAUUAAUCCCUCAACUGGGUGACCCUGAGUACGAGAAGUUCCUUCAGAACCCCGAGUACACUUUCCUGACCUCGUUGCCCACGCAACUCCAGGCUACAAAGGUUAUGGCUGUCCAAGACACCCUAUCAACACAUUCUCCAGAUGAAGAGUACCUCCAUCAGUUGGACCAGAUUCACAGGCUUUCCUCUAAUGAUCCUCAAGUUCAAAAGUUUUUCGAAAAUUUUUCUGUGCAAUUAGAAGAGAUAGAACGAAUCAUCAAUCUAAGGAAUAAGAAUGUAGAACUGACAAACAGAACUGGUGCUGGUGUUCCUCCAUAUGAAUUGCUUCUACCCACUUCACCUCCUGGCGUUACUGGUCGUGGUAUUCCCAACAGCAUUUCCAUCUGACUUCGUGCUCCGGGUUUGUGUUCAAGGGAAAGCCUGUAAUCACUGUUAGAGAGUAUCUAUAUCUGCAUCUGUCAGAAUAGGAUAUAAAACACGGUUGUCCAUUCAGCUUUAAAAAUCAAUGUAUAUUCCUCGUUUGCUA